GCGCGCGCCGGGCGGCACCGGGGGGACCCCAGGGCUCCCAGGUGGCGCAGGCACAGCCGCGGUGCCCCGGGCGGCACUGACGGGCUCGCCGGACACGUGCCUCUCCGCACCCCCCCGGCACCCGCCGCCCACCAUGGACCCCCAGAGCGACACAGGGCCAGAGGGGCCAGGGCUGGAGGGGCCAGGGCUGGAGGCAGCAGGGCCGGAGGCUGCAGGGUUGGACGCGGGACUGGCGGCGGCGCGGGAGCGGCAGCUGCAGCGGGAGCUGGUGGCCCUGAAGCAGCAGCAGCAGCUCCAGAAGCAGCUGCUCUUCGCCGAGUUCCAGAAGCAGCAUGAGCACCUCACGCGCCAGCACCAGGUCCAGCUCCAGAAGCACCUCAAGCAGCAGCAGGAGGCCCUGGCCGCCCGCCGGCAGCAGGAGCUGGAGCAGCAGCGGCAGCGGGAGCGGCAGGAGCUGGAGCAGCAGCGCCUGGAGCAGCUCCAGAACCUGCGACCCAAGGACAGGGGCCGUGACAGUGCCAUCGCCAGCACUGAGGUGAAGCUGAAGCUCCAGGAGUUCCUGCUCAGCAAGACGAAGGAGCCGGGCCCCGGCCCCCCGAACCAUUCCCUCCCCCAGCACCCCAAAUGUUGGGCUCACCACACCUCGUUGGACCAGAGUUCCCCCCCGCAGACAGGCAGCCCGGGGACCCCUCCGUCCUACAAGCUCCCCCUCCUCGGCACCUAUGACGGCCGGGAUGACUUUCCUCUCCGGAAAACUGCCUCCGAGCCCAACCUGAAGGUGCGGUCGCGGCUGAAGCAGAAGGUGGCAGAGCGGCGGAGCAGCCCCCUCCUGCGGCGCCGCGAUGGCUCAGUGCUCAGCGCCUUCCGCAAGCGCCACGUCGAGAUCACCGUGUCCUCGGUGUGCAGCAGUGCCCCCGGGUCGGGGCCCAGCUCCCCCAACAGCUCCCACGGUGCCCACAACGGCCUGGCCGCCUCCGUCCCCAACAUCCACGCUGAGCAGCUCCUGCCCCAGCCCCGUGCCCUGGCCCUGGAUGGGGCCCAGCUCAGCCUCUACACAUCCCCGUCGCUGCCCAACCUGUCCCUGGGGCUACAGGCCACUGUCACUGUCACCAGCGCCCACCUCCCCGCAUCCUCCAAGCUGUCACCGCAGGCUGAGGGUGAGCGCCCGGGGGUGCCCCCCCUGCGCCCCGGGACCGCCCUCACUGGGAAGUUCCUGAGCACGUCCUCAAUCCCGGGGUGUCUGCUGGGGGUGGCCCUGGACGGGGACCCCCCGGCUGGUCCCCCAUCCCUGCUGCAGCACGUCCUGCUGUUGGAGCAGGCGCGACAGCAGAGCACCCUCAUCGCUGUGCCCCUGCACGGCCAGUCCCCGCUGGUGACAGGAGAGCGCGGGGGGGGGUCCCGUGGGAACAAACUGCCUCGGCACCGGCCCCUGAGCCGCACCCAGUCGUCUCCGCUGCCCCAGAGCCCCCAGGCCCUGCCCCACGGCCCCCUCCAGCACCACUUCCUCGACAAGCAGCAGGUCCAGCUGGGCAAGCUGCUUCCCAAGGCGGGGGAGCUGGCACGGCAGCCCCCCACCCACCCUGAGGAGACGGAGGAGGAGCUGACGGAGCAGCAAUCGCCCCCCCCAGGAGAGGGGGGGGCCCCUGUCCCCCCCCUCGGCCCUCCCCUCACCCUCAUCUCCCCGGAGGCUGGGGACCCCCCGGAGCAGCUGCAGGACCCCGAGGGCUGCCAGGGGCUGGGGGACAGCGGGGACGAGGCUGAGGACGCCGGGUACCCCGAUGUCACCGAGCUCGGCGUCACCUACAAGCAGGUGUACCCCGAGGCACCACUGCAGCUUUACCCCACGCCCCCCCUGGGGGUCCUGGCACUGUCCCACCCGGCCCUCACCCGCACCCAGUCGUCCCCUGCCAGCGUCAAGCCCCCCGUGCCUGAGGGGCCCCCCAAGCACCUCUUCACCACAGGUGUGGUGUACGACACGUUCAUGCUGAAGCACCAGUGCACCUGCGGGAACACCACGAUCCACCCGGAGCACGCCGGCCGCAUCCAGAGCAUCUGGUCCCGGCUCCAGGAGACCGGCCUGCUUGGGAAGUGUGAGCGCAUCCGAGGCAGGAAGGCGACGCUGGAGGAGAUCCAGACGGUGCACUCAGAGCACCACGCGCUGCUCUACGGCACCAGCCCCCUCAACCGCCAGAAACUGGACAGCAAGAAGCUGCUGGGUCCCAUCACGCAGAAGACAUAUGCGGUGCUACCAUGCGGGGGCAUCGGGGUGGACAGUGACACGGUGUGGAAUGAGCUGCACUCGUCGAGCGCAGUGCGCACGGCCGUGGGCUGCCUGCUCGAGCUGGCCUUCAAAGUGGCUGCGGGCGAACUCAAGAACGGCUUCGCAGUCAUCCGCCCCCCGGGCCACCACGCCGAGGAGUCCACAGCCAUGGGCUUCUGCUUCUUCAACUCAGUGGCCAUCUCAGCCAAGCUGCUGCAGCAGCGGCUCAGCGUGGGCAGGAUCCUCAUCGUGGACUGGGACAUCCACCAUGGGAAUGGGACCCAGCAGGCCUUCUACAGUGACCCCCACGUGCUCUACAUCUCCUUGCACCGCUACGACGACGGCAACUUCUUCCCGGGCAGUGGGGCCCCUGAGGAGGUGGGCAGUGGGCUGGGAGUGGGCUACAACAUCAACAUCGCCUGGACUGGCGGCGUGGACCCCCCGAUCGGGGACGUGGAGUAUCUGACUGCCUUCAGGACGGUGGUGAUGCCCAUCGCCAAGGAGUUCUCCCCAGACCUGGUGCUGGUCUCUGCCGGCUUCGACGCCGUCGAGGGCCACCUGUCCCCGCUCGGUGGCUACUCUGUCACCGCCAAGUGUUUCGGGCACCUGACGAAGCAGCUGAUGAUGCUGGCGGGGGGCCGGGUGGUGCUGGCCCUGGAGGGGGGCCACGACCUGACGGCCAUCUGCGACGCCUCCGAGGCUUGUGUCUCCGCCCUGCUCGGCUUGGAGCUGGAGCCCCUGGAUCCGUCCUUGCUGCAGCAGAAGCCAAAUGUGAAUGCGGUGGCCACACUGGAGAAGGUCAUCGAGAUCCAGAGCAAGCACUGGGGGUCCGUGCGGCGUUUUGCGGCGGCCGUGGGCAGGUCCUUGCUGGAGGCCCAGCGCAGGGAGGCCGAGGAGGCCGAGACGGUGACGGCCAUGGCCCUGCUCUCGGUGGGCGCCGAGCAGGCCGGGGGAGACCCCCAGCCCAGGUAUGGCCCCUGGGGAUCCCGCUGGGUGUGCAGACACACGGGUCAUGGGGUGUGUCACUAGGGUGGGC